UCAGGAAGGGCUCCACCAAUCCUUCUCAUCUUCGAACUCGACCGAGAUCUUGUUAAGACUGAACUGUGUAGAAAAUUUCAUCGCGAUCGGACUCUCCUUUCAAAAGUUAUCGUGUUAACGGCCGGACGGCCGGACACACUGACCGAUUCUAGAGUGUACUCACUUUUUGAGUACACAAAAACAAUUAUCGAAUUUGUCUAAGAAGUUUCAAAUAUGUAGAAUUUAUUAUUCAAGAAUAUAUUACCAAAUACUGACUACAGUGUACGGUCUGAUCAGAAAAAGAAAAGCUUUCAUAAACAUAUUUGAUUUAGAUAUCCUCAUCAAUGUUCAUAAUUUGAGCAAAUUUAUACAACAAGGUAAUGCUACUGAAGCUGCAAAUAUGGCUGAGAAACUUGCUUCACAAGGUAUUCGACUUCAAGAAAACUCAGUAAUACGAUUAAAAGAUGAAGCUGAAUUUCGGCAAGAUAAUAAUUUAAUGUUUUGUUUUAUUAAUUUUAUUUUUAUAAUAGAAUUCUUGUUCAAUUUGAUGGUGAUGAAUAUGGUGUUGAUCAACAUGGUGGAACUAUUUCUGUUGACGUUUUUCCAUCAACUACAGUUCGAGAAUUACGUGCGGCAUUCGAACUUGCUUAUUAUUAUUCUGCGUUUAAUCAAUAUUUUUUUGUUAAUGGUAAUUUAGUUCAUGAUAACUCGACUAUGAGAGAUUUAAAAGUUGGACCAAAUUCAUUAUUUGUUUUAUUUUUAUUAGAACAUUCAAAGAAAUUUAAGAAUAAUGAUUCAUGGGAAUGUUCUACUUGUACCAACCAAAAUCCAUCAAACACUUUUCGUUGUAUUUUAUGUUCAGCAUCACGACUAGAAUAA